AUGCCUAAAGCAAUGAAGCUCAAUGGAAAGUCCCCUGUCACUCCCCCACUGGCCCAAACGCCUCCAUGUACCCCUAUCGAUGAAAGUCCCCAGCAGAGCGUGACAACAGGAGAUGGGUAUCAGCAUUCCGAUGCGAAAGAACUCGUAGAAGCUCUUCGCGAAGCCAGGGCGGAUUCCACCACCUCCAAAUCCAAUCCCUCGGAAGACACUGCAGGUGGGUGUGCCAGCCCUGAGCAAGAUGGAGAGCAGUCAGGCACGCCGGUUGUUGAUGCAGCACAGUAUGCCUGGGGUGAACGCAAGCCUUCACCUACCGACGCAUUGGCUGAUGCGGACAGCUGGGUUGCUAAAGCCCGCAAAGAAAGGGGAAAACCGGAGAAUUAUGUCAGGGCACGCGCAAUUGCCAACCCCACUGACUCUUUCGAGGGUCUUGCGGAGAGUUCCCAGGCUCAGAACGCUUGA